AUGUAUGGAAAGAGAGCGCGUUCAAACAACAUCACAAUGCCUCCAAUAUUUGAUAUUUAUCGUAAGCCAAUAUUUGAUGAAUCGAUUCGAAAGGCUGAAUACCGAACUUAUGCACCAUUCAUCAAAUCAUUCAACUGCAAUGAUAUUGUCGAAUUUAGCAUUAAUCAAGUUGACUCGUUUUUUGCAAUGAGCGAAACCUUGUUAUGCAUUAAAGGAUCACUCGAAAUAACUGGAAAUGGUGGCGUCAAACUAGCAAAUAAUGUGGGUGCCUUCCUUUUCGAUUCGUGUACGUACAGCGAAAGCGCAAGGGAGAUGGAAACAGUGCGGGAUCCUGGCAUCGUAAGUGCUGUACGUGCCAUGACAUGUUAUACGCAAGAAGAUUCUAAUUAUAUGGUUAUGGCUGGAUGGAAUUACCCUAAGGAUCCAAUUCUAAACGCUGCAGAUCAUUCAUUCAGCAUACAGAUGCCUCUUAAGCAUGUUUUCAACAUUUUUAAUGAUUAUCCAUUGAUUACGUGUGGUCGUCAAACAAUAAGACUAGUUCGAGCUCGAAAUGAUAACGAUUGCAUAGUUAUUACAGAAAAACAAAACGCUGACAAAACUACAACUGUUACAACCGCUAAGAUUAACAUUACCAAUAUUGAGCUUAGAGUGAAGCACACAUUCCCCAAUGAUGAUAUUAAAUUGGAACUCAUGAAAUCUAUUCAACAAGAUCAACCUAUAGUUAUUCCGUUUAGAAAGUGGGAAUUACAUGAAUUACCGUUAUUGUUUUCUUUCAAACCAACAAACGCGACAAGAUUACAGCUGAUCCUACUUUAUUUGACAAUGUCAACAUCCAAAGUAUUAGAUUAUCGUUAA